AUUGAGUAAAUUUUUCUUUAUAGGAUGGAUGUAACGGGCUCCAUUCCACAGUCCCCUCACUCUCCGCUCUCAACUCCGUUAUGCACUGGAGGUAAUUGUGGAUGAAGUAGGUUGAUAAUUUUGUACUGGGUACAUGGUGGAUUUUUGAGAUUGUGAGGAGAAAAAGAUGAGGCAGGUUGUAAUGCUGGAUGAGGGGUUGAGUAUUCUAGAAGAAGGGAUUGUGAAGGCAAAGAAUAUUCUAAUUGGACACCCACCCAAGGCAUUGUUCUCCAGCGAAGACUAUAUGAAGUUCUAUAACUGUGUUUAUACCAUGUGUUCUCAGAGACCACCUUAUGACUAUUCAGGGGAGCUUUAUGAAAGAUACAAAACCGCUUUGGAAGAGAGCAUUGUUUCAGUGCCCCCAACGGGAGGCCAAGAUAUUUCAAAGGCAGCGAAGCAACCUUGCAACCCAAGAUAUUCGCCAAGUCUUGGAUAUUAUGUACACUACCCACGGGAACCAUUUCAAACUUUGAGAGAUUUGCCUUCAAGCUUGACACCGCUUCGAAACAAAGUAGUACAGCCUUCAAAUACUGCAAAUUAUCACUGUGCAGCUCGCAAAACAAAAGUGUGUCAUCAGCAAAAAAAAAAAAAGGUGAGAUAUAGAAACCCACCCACUGAAAAUCCAGCAAGAAAACCUCCAUUCAUCGCCACUCGCAACAUUCGACUGAGUGCUUCCCUAACGACAACAAAUAGCAAAGGGGAGAGUGGAUCCCCUUGCCGUAAGCCCCUAGAGCUGUUAAAGAAUCCUUCCGGUGCUCCAUUCACCAAAACCGAGGUGGAAUGGUCACCAAAGCAGGUGCUGCCAUCUCUAAAUGACAAGCAUGAUGCCUGUUUACUCGCAGACCUACAGCAAAUGUGGACAAAUUACAAGGUGAUGACAAAGUGUUUAUCAGGAUUCUUUCUGUACCUUGAUCAUCACUUUGUUGUUAGAAGAAACCUUCCAUCACUAAAUGAUCUUGCAACUAUUUCCUUCCACAAUCUGGUCUGGAGCAAGCUGUAUGGCAACUUUCUAGACGCCGCUAUUUCCCUGAUCAAUCAGGAUCGGAAUGGGAAACAGGUUCAACAAGAUUUGCUAAAAGAUGUCUUGACUUUUUCGACUUUCUUUGCGGAAAUUGGAGAGCAAAAGAUAGAAUACUACGAAACGUUCGAGCAAAUCAUGCUUAAAGAAGCAGCCAGUUACUAUGCUCAAUUAGCUUCAGAGUUGCUUUGCUGCAGAUCAUAUACAGAUUACAUUCAAACGGUUGCAUGGUUAUUAAUACAAGAGAGAGAGAGAUCUGGCCGGUACUUGCAGCAGGGUUCUGUAGAGAAGUUACUUGAGAUUGUAAAACGGAAAUUGAUGGAUGAAACUGCACUGUUAUUAGUUGAAAAGCAAAAGGCUGAGUGCCAUGACACAGCAACUUAUCAGGAUCUACUGUCAAAAUGUGCUGGCAUGAGCCUUGGGGAGGAAAGUUCUGUAUCACCAUUGACUCAAUGGCCCUUUCCACAGUAAAAGUUCAUUUUCUAGUAAUUAGAAAGGGUUGAUGAAACAUUCAAGUUGUCAACCCAAAUUCACUGAUUUUUGCUCGCGAGUUAAUGAAGAAUAGUUUGGACUGGAAGAGAUAGGUUUUAUCAUUCCAUACUAAAAUCAAAAGUCGAUAUCUGUUACUGUGUAUGUGUGUUCAUUUUCUUCAGCAAUUGAGCCAGCUUGGUUGGGAUUCUUCGCAUGGGGGGACAUGCCAGUUCUUUGCUCUGGAAUUUGUCACUGAAGGUUAUAUAACACACAUGAAGGCUGAUGCGUUCAGUUUUGGCCCAGUUAUAGUUGAGCUUUUGAAAGACUGAUCUACUGGUUAACCGCAGAGGUGAGAAUUUUAGGUUAGGUUAGGGGAUCGUAUUAAGAGCCAUAUGUUGAGCAAAGUUGGAUUUUUUAAAUUGUUGAUCCUUCAAUAUUGAAGGAAGGUAUAAAACAGGAACAUUGCUGUGAGUUACAUUUGUGAAAGAAUAAGUGAACAAUGAUUGUUGUUGCAAAUCAA